AUUUAGACAAGGUUCCUGCUGUGCUACCAUCGUUUACAAUCAACCAGAACCUGGGGCAGUUAAAGAACCAUUGAGGAUGACAGUUAGUUGUAGCCGAGAUCACACGAGAUGAGAUGGGAUCACAAGCUUCAGUGCUCGGCGUGGGUCAAAUGAGAAAAUGAGGAUUGGAAUCAUUUUGUAAUUUUUUCUUGUUUUCUGUGUUUUUUUGAUUCUUUUGAAUCUGUUUAUCUGUUGGGCGUUUUACAAAAUGUCGCUAGACCAGUUAUUGAAUCCACAGUCGAGCUCCAAUGAAAAGUUGUCCAAUGACGAAAUUGAGUUGUAUGACAGACAAAUUCGAUUAUGGGGCAUGGAAGCUCAGCAGAGAAUUCGUUGCACAAAGAUUUUGUUGAUUAAUUUGUCUGGUAUUGGGACUGAGAUUGUCAAGAAUCUAGUGUUAUCUGGGAUAAACGAGUUGUAUUUGUUGGACAAUAAUGAUGUAAAAGAAGAAGAUUUAGCUACGCAAUUUUUCCUCACUGAAGGUGAAGAUGAUUUGUUUCGUUUGGAUAUAAUUGGCAGGAAAAAAUUGGAUGUAGCACUACCACAAAUCCAAGAACUAAAUCCCAGAGUUAAAAUCAAGAUUAAUACUAGAAAAUCAAUUUAUGAUUUUUUAGAUGAUGGAGUGAGAAAUCUAGAUAAUAAAGAUUUUUUCAGGCAAUUCAAUUUAGUGAUUUCAACUCAAUUGGAUUCGAUUUCGAAUUUGAAAUUGAAUAAAAUUACCAGAUCAUUGAACUUACCAUUUUACGCUACUAGUUGUCAUGGGUUGUUUGGAUAUUUCUUUUCAGAUUUAAUCAUGUAUGACGAUUUGAGUAACGCUGAUAAUAGUCAUAAUAAUCAUAAGAGUAAUAAAAGUAAUAAAAGUAAUAAAAGUAAUAAAAGUAAUAAAAGUGAUAAUACUCAUAAUAGUAAUAAUAGUAACAAGUUGAUUUAUUAUCCAUUUCAUUCGUUAUUGUCAAUGAAUUGUAAUAAUUCACCGUUUAAAAAUUUAAGAAAAAGACAAUUGAUUACUAAAAAAAAAAGGAUUUUGAUAUCGGUAUUUAUAUUGACAUUGAUUAAUUAUGAUUUCAAGUACCCAUCAAUAAAUAAAAAUGAGAUAAAGAUAAAUGAGGAGCUAUUUGAUGAAGAGUUGGGUAAAAUGUUUGGGAAACUUGAGUUGUUCUUUGAAGAUGAAAAUCCCGGGCAAAUUCAAGAAGAAACUAGGGAGUUAUUGAAAGUUUUUUUAAAUAAUAUCAAUUGUGAAUUUUCACCAAUUUGUGCGAUUUUGGGUGGAUCGUUAGCGCAGGAUAUUAUUAAUAUGCUAAGUUUUAAAAACUCGCCGGUGAAUAAUUUUUUAGUAUUGGAUGGAUUAUCGAGUGAAAUGCCAAUUUACCAAAUUAUCAAAAAAAAAUAAAUAAUAUUUAUUUAUUUAUUUAAUUAAUUAAUUGAACAUUUAAUUAAGUAUUUAGAUAUAUAUAUACAGGAAUAAUGAUGAGAAAAGUUAAAGUUUUAGUUAAAGUAAAAAGGGAAAUUGAAAUUGAAAUUGAAAUUAAAAUUGAAAUUAAAAUGAUAAAAAAUAGUAAAGAUAUC